GGUCAUCAUCACCUCUUCCAGCUCUGGGUCCACCCUGUGCCUUGGAGGAGCCCUAAGUAAACAAGCGAGGCUCAGCGUCCCUGGGGAAGACAGGCCCGCUGGGGAGGGGCCGAGAGCGAAAACUGUUCUGACAACAGUGUCAUUUCCUCCCCACUAACAGCCACUCAGUUUGGGUAGCACCAUCCCUCCCGCCUUAAUGGAUGGGCAUCGGGAUGCAAAGGUCACAGAGCCCGUUGAGUGGCGCGAGUUCACGACGGGCUUUCCCGUUCAGUCGGCCUGACUUACAGCAGGGGGCAGACCCUGCCCCCGGGGUUUUGCCGAGCCCUCGAAUGCGCCGGCUGUCCUCGAGGGAGCAGCUGCGAGGCCGGCUGGCGGGGGCAGACAAAGGCUCAGCCAGCAAAGCGCUGGCCCCGCCCUACAGGGGUGGGUCUGCAGCGACCGGUAACUUAGAUUUGGGGCUCGUCAUGCAACCCAGGUCUCCUUCGGCUCCGCCCCACCCUAGCUGGAAGCCAGACCCAGUCACCCCUCUCGUGACUCCGCCAUUAAGUUUGGGGUGAGGGGAUGAGGGUGUGAGUGAUGUCCACGUAACCCUCCGGGGAGCUGUUACUUUUCUCAAACCCAGCCAAGCAGGAGUACCAAUGCAGCCGCCCGUCACCGCACCCUUAACCCCAAGGCUCCUGGCGCCCCUUCCCCAACGUGGGGUCCGCCCAAUAAGGAAAGGGAUCUCUGAUUGCCCGGUGGUGGGCCCCCUCAAUCUAAUUAGAGGGCUAUCGACCGCACACCCUGGUGCCGGGUCCUGGCUUAGGAGGAGCUGGUGGAAUAAAGGCCAAACUACAACUCCCAAGAGGUGGCAGGGCCAUCGGACUCUCCGUAUUCACAUGACUUCCUUCUCCGGGAGAGGGAGUCACGCGGUAGGCCAGUGAGAGGGCGGGGCCAUCGGGCUAGCCCGCGGCGCCAGCGGCCUAUGGGCGGCCAGGUCAGAUGGGCGCGCGGUAGGGGGCGGGGCCGGGCGCGCGGCACGGCGCGGGAGCGCGCCGGUGGCGGCGGCUGUUGGGGGGCGGGGAAUAUCGUCUAAGGCGACCGUGGCAGCUUGGGCAUCGACGACUGGCAGUGGCGGCGGCUCCUGGUGCAGCUCCUGGUUCGGCGCGCGGCCAGUUUUAGAGUUCGGAACGGAACGCUCGGCGUCGCGGUCCCCGCCCGGAAAGUUUGCUGCGGAGCCGCGACCUCCUGGCCGGCGCGGCCCGGCAUGAAGCGGCGCUGAGGAGCCGCCGCCGCCGCCGCCGCCGCUGCUGCCGCCGCCGCCUGAGGAGGAGCCGCAGCACCCUGGGCCACGCCGAUGACUACUGCAAACUGUGGCGCCCACGACGAGCUCGACUUUAAACUCGUCUUUGGCGAGGACGGGGCGCCGGCACCGCCGCCCGCGGUCUCGCGGCCUGCAGAUCUUGAGCCAGAUGAUUGUGCAUCCAUUUACAUCUUUAAUGUAGAUCCACCUCCAUCUACUUUAAACUCACCACUUUGCUUGCCGCAUCAUGGAUUACCGUCUCACUCUUCUGUUUUGUCACCAUCGUUUCAGCUCCAAGGUCACAAAAACUAUGAAGGAGUGUGUGAAAUCCCUGAAUCUAAAUACAGCCCAUUAGGUGGUCCCAAACCCUUUGAGUGCCCAAGUAUUCAAAUUACAUCCAUCUCUCCUAAUUGUCAUCAAGAAAUUGAUGCUCAUGAAGAUGACCUACACAUAAAUGACCCAGAAAGGGAAUAUUUGGAAAGGCCUUCUAGAGAUCAUCUCUAUCUUCCUCUUGAGCCAUCCUACCGGGAGUCUUCCCUUAGUCCUAGUCCUGCCAGCAGCAUCUCUUCUAGGAGCUGGUUCUCAGAUGCGUCUUCUUGUGAAUCUCUUUCACAUAUUUAUGAUGAUGUGGAUUCAGAGUUGAAUGAAGCUGCUGCCCGAUUUACUCUUGGAUCCCCUCUGACUUCUCCUGGUGGCUCUCCAGGAGGCUGCCCUGGAGAAGAGUCCUGGCAUCAACAGUAUGGACUUGGACACUCCUUGUCACCUAGGCAGUCUCCUUGCCACUCUCCUAGAUCUAGUGUCACUGAUGAGAAUUGGCUGAGCCCCAGGCCAGCCUCAGGACCCUCGUCAAGGCCUACUUCCCCUUGUGGGAAACGGCGGCACUCCAGUGCUGAGGUUUGUUAUGCUGGGUCCCUUUCACCUCAUCACUCACCUGUUCCUUCUCCUGGUCACUCCCCUAGGGGAAGUGUAACAGAAGAUACCUGGCUCAAUGCUUCUGUUCAGGGUGGAUCAGGCCUUGGCCCUGCACUUUUUCCAUUUCAAUACUGUGUAGAGACUGAUAUUCCUCUGAAAACAAGGAAGACUUCUGAAGAUCAAGCUACCGUACUACCAGGAAAAUUAGAGCUCUGUUCAGAUGACCAAGGGAAUCUUUCACCAUCCCGGGAAACUUCAAUAGAUGAUGGCCUUGGAUCUCAGUAUCCUUUAAAGAAAGAUUCAUCUGGUGACCAGUUUCUUUCAGUUCCUUCACCCUUUACCUGGAGCAAACCAAAGCCUGGUCAUACCCCUAUAUUUCGCACAUCUUCAUUACCUCCACUAGACUGGCCUUUACCAACUCAUUUUGGACAAUGUGAACUGAAAAUAGAAGUGCAACCUAAAACUCAUCAUCGAGCCCAUUAUGAAACUGAAGGUAGCCGAGGAGCAGUAAAAGCAUCUACUGGGGGACAUCCUGUUGUGAAGCUCCUGGGCUAUAGUGAAAAGCCGAUAAAUCUACAGAUGUUUAUUGGAACGGCAGAUGAUCGAUAUUUACGGCCUCAUGCAUUUUACCAGGUGCAUCGAAUCACUGGGAAGACAGUUGCUACUGCAAGCCAAGAGAUAAUAAUUGCCAGCACAAAGGUUCUGGAAAUUCCACUUCUUCCUGAAAACAAUAUGUCAGCCAGUAUCGACUGUGCAGGUAUUUUGAAACUCCGCAAUUCAGAUAUAGAACUUCGAAAAGGAGAAACUGAUAUUGGCAGGAAGAAUACUAGAGUACGACUUGUGUUUCGUGUACACAUCCCACAGCCCAAUGGAAAAGUCCUUUCUCUGCAGACAGCUUCUAUACCUGUUGAAUGCUCCCAGCGGUCUGCUCAAGAACUUCCUCAUAUUGAGAAGUACAGUAUAAACAGCUGUUCUGUAAAUGGAGGUCAUGAAAUGAUUGUUACUGGAUCUAAUUUUCUUCCGGAAUCCAAAAUCAUCUUUCUUGAAAAAGGACAAGAUGGACGACCUCAGUGGGAAGUAGAAGGGAAAAUAAUCAAGGAAAAAUGUCAAGGGGCUCACAUUGUCCUUGAAGUUCCUCCAUAUCAUAACCCAGCAGUUACAGCUGCAGUGCAGGUGCACUUUUAUCUUUGCAAUGGGAAGAGGAAAAAAAGCCAGUCUCAACGUUUCACUUACACACCAGUUUUGAUGAAGCAAGAACACAGAGAAGAGAUUGAUUUGUCUUCAGUUCCAUCAUUGCCUCAUCCUGCCCAGACCCAGAGGCCUCCUUCAGAUACAGGACACCUACAUGACAGUGUACUGUCUGCGCAGAGAAGCUUGGUUUGUCCCAUCCAGCAAACAUAUGCAUCCAUGGUAACCUCAUCCCAUCUGCCACAGUUGCAGUGUAGGGAUGAGAGUGCUGGUAAAGAACAGCAUAUGAUACCUUCUUCAGUCGUGCACCAGCCUUUUCAAGUCACACCAACACCUCCUGUGGUGUCUUCCUAUCAGCCUAUGCAAACUAAUGUUGUAUUCAAUGGACCGACUUGUCUUCCUAUUAAUGCUGCCUCUAGUCAAGAAUUUGAUCCAGUUUUGUUUCAGCAGGAUGCAGCUCUUCCUAAUUUAAUAAAUCUUGGCUGUCAACCACCAUCAUCCAUACCUUUUCAUUCUUCAAAUUCAGGCUCAACAGGACAUCUCUUAGCCCACACACCUCAUUCUGUGCAGACCCUGCCUCAUCUGCAGUCAAUGGGAUACCAUUGUUCAAACACAGGACAAAGAUCUCUUUCUUCUCCAGUGGCUGAUCAGGUCACAGGUCAGCCUUCCCCUCAGUUACAACCCAUUACGUAUGGUCCUUCACAUUCAGGGACUGCUACAACAGCUUCCCCAGCAGCCUCUCAUCCCCUGGCCAGUUCACCACUUUCUGGGCCACCAUCUCCUCAGCUACAGCCUAUGCCUUAUCAGUCUCCUAGCUCAGGAACUGCCUCAUCACCGUCUCUAGCCACAAGAAUGCAUUCUGGACAGCACUCAACUCAAGCACAAAGUACAGGCCAGGGAGGUCUUUCUGCGCCUUCAUCCUUAUUAUGUCACAAUUUGUGUGAUCCAGCUUCAUUUCCACCUGAUGAGGCAACCGUGAACAUUAAACCUGAGCCUGAAGAGCAGGAACCUAACUUUUCUACAAUUGGUCUGCAGGACAUCACUUUAGAUGAUGGUCAUUGCCUUGUUUGUAUAAACCAGAAAAGCCUAUGUAUUGAUAAGGUGGCUAAGGUAAGCAGCUUGCUCAAAUGGGGAGGCAGCUUGGGCGAGUGGGGAGAUUCUGCUCAUCUUCCCACGGGCAUAUUUCAUAAUUUGUAAAUAUUUAAUUUUUCAAAACUUUGACAUAAAAGGAACAGAUUCUGUAUCCCAGAUUUAUAAAUUUUAAGAGGGAUUUACAAAAGUCCUCCAGGUGUUGCUUUGAGUUAAUGGUUAGAGCUGUGAAAACCUCAUUCAGUCAUUUCAUACAAUGUUCUCCCAUGCAAAACCUACAGUUUGUUUUUGAAAUUUUUAAAAUUCAGUAAAAAUACAUAACAAAAUUUACCAUUGUAACCAUUUUAAGUGUAUGGUUCAGUGACAUUAAGUACAUUCACAGUAGUGUGUAGCCAUCACCACUGUCUAUUUCAAGAACUUUUUUGUCACCCUAAACAACAACACUGUACACAUUAAGCAGUAACUCCCCAUUCUCUCCCCACAGCCCAGCCUGUGGUAACCUUUACUCUGCUUUCUGCUUCUGCAGCUUUCCCUACUCAAGAUACCUCGUAUAAGUGGAAUACAACAUUUGUCCUUUUGUGUAUGGCUUAUUUCACUUAGUGUAAUGUUUCCAAGGUAAAGCCUUGUUGUAAGCAUAUAUCAGAAUUUCAUUCCUUUUUUAUUUUUGGCUGAAUAAUAUUCCUUUGUAUGUAUAUGCCAUCUUUUGUCCAUUCAUCUGUUGAAAGACAUUUGGUUUGUUUCCACUUUUUGGCUGUUGUGAAUAAUGAUGCUAUGCAUAUUGGAGUAUAGGUAUCUGAGUCUCUGUUUUCAAUUCUAUUGGGUAUUCUCGGAGUGGAAUUGCUGGAUCAUAUGGAAAUCUUUGUUCAGCUUUUUGAGGAACUGCCAGACUAGUAUUUUUCCCACAAUGGCUGCACCAUUUUACAUUUACAGUGCAUGAGGGUUCCAGUGUCUCCACAUCUUUGCCAACACAUUUUUUUUAUUAAAAAAAAAAAAUCCAUCCUAAAUGGGUGUAAAGUGGUGUCAUUGUGGUUUUAAUUUGCAUUUCCCUAAUGAGUAAUGAUGUUGGGUAUCUUUUCAUGAGCUUAUUGGUCAUCUGUUUAUUUUUUCUGGAGAAAUGUCUAGUCAAAUCUUUUGCCCAUUUUUUUUGGUUCAGUUUGGUGUUUUGGUUGAGUUGUAGGGGUUGUUUAUAUAUUUUGAAUAUUAAAUCCUUGUCAGAUAAGUUAUUUGCAUAUAUUUUCUUCCUUUCUGUGCGUUGUCUUUUCACUCUCUUGAUAGGAUCCUUUGAUGUUUCUAAUUUUGAUGAAGUCCACUUUGUCUAUUUUUUUUCUUUUAUUGCCUGUGCUUUUAGUGUCAUACUUAAGAAAUCAUUGCCCAAUCCAAGGUCAUGAAGAUUUGCACUAUGUUUUCUUCUUCUGAGAGUUUUAUAAUUUUACCUCUUAUGUUUAGGUCUUUGAUCCAUUUUGAGUUAACUAUGUAUAGGGUGUGAGAGAUGAGUCCAGCUUCCAUUCUUUCGCAUGUGUAUGUCCAAUAGAACCCUUGUUUGAAUGUGAAAAUCGACUGUAUGUUAUCAUGGUUUGUUUCUAGGCUUUUUUUUUUUUUUGGAGUAUUACUUUUAUUACUUUUAUUGGAGUAUACUUGACUUACAAUGUUGUGUUAGUUUCUGCUGUACAGAAAAGUGAAUCAGUUUUACAUAUAUCCACUCUUUCUGGAUUCUUUAAAAAUAUGGAAUGCUUCAUAAAUUUGUGUGUCAUACUUGCACAGCAACCACGCUAAUCUUCUCUGUAUGGUUCUAAUUUUAGUAUAUGUGCUGCUGAAGCGAGCACUGUUUCUGGGCUAUUUUAUUCCUUUGGUUUGUAUGUCUGUCUUUAUGCCAGUAUUACACUAUUUUGAUUACUAUAGUUUCAUAGUAAGUUUUGAAAUCAGGACGUGUCUUCCAUCUUUGUUCUUUUUCAAGACUGUUUUGCCUCUUCAGGGUCCUUGGAGAUUCCAUAUGAAUUUCAGGAUGGGUUUUUCUGUUUCUGCAAAAGCACUGUUGGGAUUUUGAUAGGGAUUGCAUUGAAUCUGUACAUUGCUUUAGUUAGUAUUAUCAUCUUAACAAUAUUAAGUCUUGAGCAUGGGAUAUUUUCCCAUUUAUUUAAAUCUUCCAUUUCCUUCAAUGAUGUGUAGCUUUCAGUGUACAAAUCUUAUACCCCCUUGAUUAAUUUCUAAGUAUUUUAUUCUUUUUGAUGCUAUUGUAAAUGGAAUUGAUUUAUAAAUUUCCUUUUUAGAUUGCUCAUUGAAAGUGUAUAGAAUACAACUAAAUUUUGUGUGUUGAUUUUGUAUUCUGUAACUGCUGACUUAAUUUAUUAGUGCUAACAUUUUUUUGUAUGGUGGUUCUUCAGAGCUUUCUGUGUAUUAGAUUUCUGUGUCAUUUGUGUACAGAGGUCAUUCUACCUCUUCCUUUUUUUUUAAUUAAUUAAUUAAUUAUUGGCUGUGUUGGGUCUUCGUUGCUAUGUGUGGGCUUUCUCUCGUGGUGAGCAGGGGCUACUCUUCGUUGUGGUGCGCAGGCUUCUCAUUGUGGUGGCUUCUCUUGUUGUGGAGUGCGGGCUCUAGGUGCACAGACUUCAGUAGUUGCAGCGCAUGGGCUCAGUAGUUGCAGCGCAUGGGCUCAGUAGUUGUGGUGCACAGGCUUAGUUGCUCCCGGGCACAUGGGAUCUUCCCAGACCAGGGAUCAAACCCAUGUCCCCUGCAGUGGCAGGUGGAUUCUUAACUGCUGCACCACCAGGGAAGUCCCUACCUCUUUCUUUCUAAUUCAGAAACCUUUUAUUUCUUUAGCCUAAUCUCUCUGGCUAGAACUUCCAGUACUGUGUUGAAUAGAAGUGGCAAAAGUGAACAUCCUUGUAGUGUUCUUGCUCUUAGGGGGAAAGCCUUCAGUCUUUAACCAUUGAGAAUGAUGUUAUCUAUGGAUUUUUCAUAUAUGGCCUUUAUCAUGUUAAGGAAUUUUCCUUCUAUUCCUAGUUUAUUGGGUGUUAUUGGGUAUCUUGAAAGAGUGUUGAAAUUUGUCAGAUACUUCUGCAUUAAUUGAGAUGAUCAUAUAGGGUUUUUUUCCAUUCAUUCUAGUAAUAUAUACUAUAUUACAUUCAACUGAUUUUUGUUUGCUGGACUAUUCUUGCAUUUUGGGAAUAAAUCUCACUUGGUCAUGAUGUAUAACCCUUUUAGUAUGCUGCAGAACUCAGUUUGCUAGUACUUUUGUUAAGGAUUUUUACAUCUAUACUCACAGGGGAUAUUCUGUAGUUUUCUUUUCUAGUAGCCUUUGUCUGGCCUUGAUACCAGGGUAAUGCUGGCUCUAGAAUGAGAGAGGAAGUGUUCCCUUGUCUUUAAUCUUUUGGAAGAGUUUAAGGAUUAGUGUUAAUUCUUUAAAUGUCUGGUCAAAGUUUUUGUGAUAAGAAGAGAUAAACCAGGUAUUUUUUGGAACUGUCAACAAAUAGUGUUUCAAGGAAUUGAAAAAAUGUCUCGAGGACUGCAAGUUUCCAUAAGCACAAUCUGAAAUUACCACUCUAUCAGCCAAUUCACAAAGGCCCUAGUGUCUUUUGGGCUUCUGUCUUCUAAUUUAUGUGCUGAUUUACCUGGAAUCACAUGUUCUACACUUUAGAGUCUGUUUUGAAGGAUUCAGUUGUGAAGAUUGGGCAACCUCAGAAGGGAGACUUUUUGAAAAUACAUCUGGAGUCUUUAAAAUACUUCAUACACACUGUAAUCCUUAAGUCACCCCUGAAAGUUAGGUGAGUGAUCUCAAAUUUAGUAAUAAAAAAGCUUAAGGCAGAAAAAUUUUGCCUAAACACAAAGAAUUUCUGGUUUUUAUGUUUUGUUUUGUUUUAACCUCUUUAGUGAGGCUGUAUUUUGCACAGAUUGGCUGCUCCUUUGUUUUCCCUCUUUUAUCUGACUGAAAGGAAGGUAUUAAUUAGUUCACAGAGACUACAGUUUCUUCUCUUCCAAGAUAAAAUAAGCAUUCUUCUGGAAUCUAAUAAAAGGUUAAGUUCUUUUAUUUGAAUUCAUAGAGCAAAGGCCCAAAAUAAUUCCUUAUAGGUCAAAGGAGGAGGCUUUGCCACAUUGUGUUUUGGACUCUUUAACUGGGCAUCUGAGUGUGUCACACAACCAUUAUCACAAAACUGAUAACAGUGACUCUUGUUGAGUACAAUGACUUUCAAAUAGUUUUGACAGCUUCUGAAAAUAAGAAAUAAGUUUUAUAGCAUGAUCCAUUAUGUAACAAACAAACAAAAUAUAUACAACUAACAUGAAAGUCUCACAAGCCAAUUCUUAGUAGCCUGUCUUCUAUUUUGUACUAUUUUUUUUAAAAUACUGAUUUCAACUUGUUGAAUUGAUUUCAUAACCUGCUAAUGGAUGUGAACUUCAAUUUAAAAAAUAUUCCUCCAUGACCCACAAAUUUACCUAUACGUAUAGUGUUCUGGGCUCCUACCCUUAGACAUUUUGAUUCUGUGCUCUGAAGUAGAGCCCAGGAGUUUAUUUUUUUAUUAAGUGCCCAGAUAACUCUGAUGUAGCCACAGACAGGUAUUUGGGAACUACUAAUAGAUCUAAUCUAAUAAAAACUAGUUUAUUUGAAACUAAAUCUAUCCUUUACAAUCACUGAAAACCAUCAGUAACUUUUAAAAAUUACUGCCCUUUUAAAUUUAGAAAAUAAAUAAUCGUUACCUAAACUCUCUGGAUUCCAGUAUUUAUAUUAUCUAAUAAAAUGUGGGGAGUGAUUUUAUGCAGUGAUUGACAGCUAAAGGACAACUAAAUUCCUCUUGAUUAUAGAAAAAAACAAGCUGGGCAUGUAGUAGAUUGUUACCCUCUGGUUUGUUCCAUUCAGUAGUGAUGUUGUCUUC